UUUGUUGUUAUUGCCUGCUAUAUGUAGGCCUACCGUUUUUUGUUUUUUUUUCAUCUCCAUUUUAGACAGUACUGACGCAUCAGUAGGCUUCAUGACUGGGACAAUGUGCCGGGGUAUGGUCAGCUCCUGAUGGCCCAUGUCUAUCAAUACCAGUUUCCCCAUUACUGAGUCCGUGUGUGCGACCCGGGAGAUGGAGAGGCAGAGCCCAGGAGAGAGGCAGGCAGACGCUAAUAGGACCGGAGCCGCCACCACCCCCACCUCAUCAGCUGCCGUCACCAUGGCAACAGUCAGCCCCAGCAGCACCACGUGCACCCAGGCGCCCUCUACUUCCCUCAGCAUCCUCUCACCCGACAGACAGGCGGUCCAGGUGAUCCAGCACGCCAUCCACAGACCUCAGAGCAUGGCGGCCCAGUACCUGCAUCAGAUGUACGCAGCCCAGCAGCAGCACCUCAUGCUGCAGACGGCAGCCCUGCAGCAGCACCAGCACAGCCCCCAUCUGCAGAGUCUGGCCACCAUUCAGCAGGCUUCAGUCUGUCAGAGGCAGUCACCUUCUUCAUCCACGGGCAAUCUGGUUCAUCAGCCUGCUGGUGUUUCCCCAAACUCAAUUACUUUACCAGCGUCUCCAGUGACAGCCCAGCUGAUUGGCCGAACCCAAACGUCCACCGGUGCUGCAACUACCAUUUCCCAGCAGGCCAUGCUCCUGGGAAACAGGCCGGCUAACUGUAACCAAGCUCAGAUGUACCUUCGCACUCAGAUGCUUAUUCUAACCCCUGCAGCCACGGUGGCUACAGUUCAAUCAGACCUCCCUGCUGUCACCUCCUGCUCCUCUUUACCUACCUCCUCUCAGGUGCAGAAUUUAGCUCUUCGCGCCCACUUACCCGGAGCUCUGGCUACAGCCCACAGUGUGAUUUUAAAGCCAUCCGCUCAGUCACAAGCCCAGAAUCCGGCCGCCUCUUUAUCCAAGACGUCGGUCUGCGCGCUCAAGACCAACCAGCUGACUGACACCUCAACAGAAACCGGACCAGCUGAUGUCACCCGGCUGGCCUCAGGACCUCAGAUUGUAACCCCGGCGUACUCUCCUGUGCAGACCCACGCUCUGGUCAAGCAGCAGCUGUCCUGUCCACCGGGCCAGCGGGUUGGGCAGCACCAGCUCCUCCUCCAGCAAGCGAGUGGAGCUCCGAACCACAGACAGCUGCAGCCCAUCGCCCUCAGAGUAGCACCUCAAGAAACCAACUCCAACCCUCUUCCUCUUUCAAUUAAAAGACUGACCACUCCCAGCACCCAGUCACAACCCAAUAAUGACACCCGAGCCCCUUCUUCCUCCUCCUCUUUUUCUUCUUCUUCUCCGUCUGUCACCAGCAUGUUUGGAACAUCAGGUCAGACCUCAAUCCCAGCUGCCGCCGUCCAGCCUCAGCCGCCUCCUCUGGUGGCCGCUCCGCAGCGUCGGACCUCAUUCCCACAAGUGCAGAACCAGCCUCCGCCUCCUCCUCCACCUCUCGUCCUCCCCAGGCUGCCCCAGAACCCCCCAGCCUCACUCCAGAGGCUCUCCCUGCACUCAGUCCAGGCUCUGGCCGUCCAGUCAGGACGGGUGCUGCUGACAGAGCGGGAGCUGCCCGUAGCGGAGGCUCUGGUCCAGAUGCCCUACCAGAACCUCCCUCCUCCUCAGACGGUGGCUGUUGAUCUGAAAAUGCAUCCGGUCAGACGCAGUGAAGGUCCAUCGUCGGGGCAAACAUGCAAAGUGAAUGGAUUGAGCUCGGAGGAGAGGAAAGAUGAAUGUUCUCCUCGUCCACAGAGAGACAGGACCCCUACAUCUCUCAGUGUGCCUCCUAAGCAGAAUGGUGCAGCAGUGAUGGGUUCAUCCUCCAUCAUAUCCAGCCGCUCUGUGAUCCAGUCACCGGUGGUGGAAGAGCCGCCCCAGUUUACCACCAGCAGCAGCACCAACAGCAGCAACCCUCCUCCUCCAUCUCCUCCUCUUCCUCCCCCCAUCCUUCCAGCUGCAGUAAGAGGCCCCAGCCAGCCUCCCUCCUCCCCAGCCAGUGUCCCCGGGAGCCCCGAAAGGAUACUCACAACCCACGUCCUCACACACCUCGUAGAGGGCUUCGUAAUCCGAGAGGGCCUGGAACCGUUCCCGGUGGUCCCCACGUCGAUGUUAGCGGACCAGCAGGCUUCACUUCCUGAAUCCCAGGAGAUACAAACCAACGGGGACGAAGCAGCAGAGGACAGUCCGCUGGAUGCUGACCUAUCGGAUUCAACAGACUCUGAGAUGGAAAACGACGGCCCUACAGCAGAUGUUGCAGAGCUCGGGGAGAGCGUGGCAGGUGUGCUGCAGUGUGAGUUCUGUGGGAGCAAAGGUUACGCUCACACGUUUCUGCGCUCCAAACGUUUCUGCUCCAUGACGUGUGUCAGAAGGUUCAGUGUGAGCUGCACCAAGCGCAUCACCAUGCUGAGAGCUGGUCGCUGGGGUCACAGGCCGAUGGGCAGGAGAGGACGACCCCCCAGCAGAGUCAACGGAGCCUCCAGAGAACAUUUUGUGAGACAGGCUCGGGGCUCGUUUCGCUCAGAGGAGACCCGGCAAAUCUCUCUGAGAGAGGAGGAAGAGCAGGAGGACGACGAGGAAGACGAACCUCCCGUUCCCAUGACAACCAGGCUCCGUAAACAGGCUGAGAGACAGCGAGAGAGGGAGCGAGAGCAGGAGAGAGAGCAGGAGCUGAGGACAACAGAAACAAUCAGUGUUUCUGACGGAGAGGAAGACGUCGGCUGUCCGUCUCAGUGGAACGUAGAACAAGUGUUUUCUUUUAUCAGCUCCCUGCCAGGUGGUCAGGAUGUAGCUGAGGAGUUUCGCUCCCAGGAGAUAGAUGGACAGGCUCUGCUGCUCCUAACAGAGGACCACCUGGUCAGCACCAUGAACCUUAAACUGGGACCCGCACUGAAACUCUGUGCCCACAUUAACUCUCUGAAAGACGCAUAAAGAGUUAACACCCUGAAAGAAUGGAUUUGUGUUGAUCUGGAUCGGUGGUGUAGUAGUGCCUGGAGGAGUGGGUAUACUUAGGAUAAACGCCCUGUGUUAUAAACAGUGACUUUAAGACUACUACUCGCAUAUUCAGCUCACCCAGUUGUAUUCUCUUAAAACUGCAGUAAGAAGCUUUUAUAAAAAAUGUACUUUCUGUCAUAUUUGCUGUAACUUUCACUGUAUCCUGACAGCAGUACAUGAGACAGAUAAUCUGAAACCAUAAAGACUGUACUGCUUAUAAAAUUGUUUAUUUCUAUUUAGAAAAUUACCAACAGUUCCCACCAUGAGCAAGAACCUGGCGACAGAGGGAAGGAAACCUCGAGCAGACUCUGGAUUAUCUCUCAGAUUAUCCGUCUCAUGUACUACUGUCAGGAUAUAGUGUAAGUUUCAGCAAAUAUUUCUUAUAAAAGUUUCCUCCUGCAGCUUUAACUUCUGCUGCUUGACUUCAGGGAGUAAGGAUCAUUGUGAAAUAAACAUUUGCCACAGAAGAGGUGCAGAUUCUGCAUCAAUAUUGGCCGACAGAGACACGUGAGGCAACUACAUAAUUAUGCAUUUUGAGUGAAGUAUUCCUGAUUCCUUUCCACUCGUGAAAAUUGGACAACUAUGCCAUGCCUUCGCCAUCCCGGGGAGAGAAAACAACACUACUGAAUGAUGCACAUCAGAGGGGAUUUAGAAGACUAUACCCCGCACUACUCCACCAAUCUGGAUCUGGAUGAAGACAAAAAGAAGGGCGGUUUAACAAGGAAGCACUGUCCGUCUUUAAGUUACCUGCGCUUGGACUUCCACAAAGACAGUUAAAACACUGAGCGGAUCAUGAAUGCGCAGACUGCAGUUUUUCCUGAGACCACUGCCAAGGAUUUUCCCUGUGCGAUGCCUCCAGCUGUUCCAGCUGUUGGUCUGUCACACAGAGCGAAGUCCACAUUACCGUCGCCGGUUGAUGUUAACACACAGACGAGCAGCUCUUUCUGUCUCCUCUCGUCAUUCCACUGUAGUGAUCGUAGCUCCGGUUAUCCAUUUGUUUCAGAAUGGUUUUAAAAAGUCCUUUGUAUCAUUUGUAAACAAAGAAAAAAACAACAACUUUACAUUUAAAUUAUUACACAUGAGAAGUUAAAGGAUGCUGUUCGAUCUCAAAGUUUACAAAAGCAGAUUAUUGCCUACUGUCUCACAGAUUACAUUUGAUUAUCAUCAGCAAACAGUUGUGUUGACUAAAGGAACCAAACUGAUGACAAGGUUGUUAUUUAUGAAGUAUUUAUUAUCGCCAUAAUUAAUAUACAAAUAAAAGCAUUCAAAUAUU